ACUUACAAAUCCAUUUUAGGUUUUCCAUCUCUUCCAACCCCUCGUUAAAUACAUUUGCAGGACUAUCUAUCUAUCUAUGUUUACAACAUCCGGCCUUGUCCAUAAAUGAAGUCUUGGAAAAACCCGUCCGUAGAAAAGAUUCAAUUAAACGUCGAGAAAACAUGAAAAUAUCCAGUCGCCCGAGGUACUGCAUUGAAAUAGUUCCUUAGCUUACGCUCGGGAAGUAAGAAGAAGGAUCUAAAGGCCGGACCUCACUUCUUGGUACUAAAUUAAGUGAAAUAAAUGAAAUAGUUGUAAAAAUUCCUGCCUUCUCUAGUCGUUCUUGCACCUGCUGUACCAAAACUAGGAGAUUCACUCUCCGGUCUUCCCCUGCCCUCGCUCGCCACCUCGCUUCCGCCUUCCCCAGCCGCCAACCCGUCCCCCAUUCGCAGAAAAAAUCCCAUCGCACACCUCUAGCGCCGGCCUCACCUCCAUCCUCGACAGUGGCAAUGGCAAAGCCUCGACCGCUACCACUUCUUUGAUUUAACACCUAGCACACGCUCGUCAUCUCCAGUCCGCCGCGAGCCCUGGCAGCAUCCGUCCAAGAACCUGUUAUCCGCGAGUGAACCACUUAGCCAAGAACCGGAACAUAAACAGUGCCAGCACGCGCCGCUCCUCGGUGUGAUGUGAUGGAAGACGCGAAAUGUUCCUGCACCAGAACGACUACUACCAGCAGAACCACGAGUCGUCCUCCGACGGGUGCCUGUCGCCGCGGGGCUCGCCGGGCUGCCACCCCCUGAGCCUGUCCAGCCCCAUGUCCAUCUCCUCGGACCCGGGCAUGUCGUCGCAGCCCUACACCCCCAACUACUACAAGCAGGAGAGCUGGGGCCACUACGGGGAGAACAACAACGUGUACGGGUACAAGUCGGACGGGGGCGGCUACGGCAGCCAGGAGUUCUACCGGGCGCCGUGCAAGUACAAGAAGGACGCCAAGAAGGGGGCGGCGGCGCAGGCCGGCAUGGAGGUGAUGAAGAAGCGGCGGCUGGCGGCGAACGCGCGGGAGCGCAGGAGGAUGAACAGCUUGAACGACGCCUUCGACAGGCUGAGGGACGUGGUGCCGUCGCUGGGGAACGACAGGAAGCUGUCCAAGUUCGAGACGCUGCAGAUGGCACAGACGUACAUCGCCGCUCUGCACGAGCUGCUGCAGAGGGACUGAUUGUGAUAUGGUCUGUUCUAUUUAUUUAUUUAUUCUAGAGUUAGAUCAAGAUGAUGGUCUUGAAGGCGGGCUGGGUUUGCCUAGAUCGUGCAAUAUUAGAUAUUAAGAAUAUCCAGACGUGCAAUAUCUGUGUCGAUAUUUUUAAUUGUAGGUUAGUGUAAUCGGUGCGCUUCUCUAUGACUUUGUGAUAUCGGAAUACAGUGCAAUAAUCGGUACAGUGCGGUUGGAGGGAUCAGUGCAAUUAUUUACUUUACUUACUUAAGCACACAGUAUUAACGCUAACAAGUUUUUAGAAUAUGUGCAAGUUUAAGCUGGUUGUUAUUUUUUUACAUAUUUAUUGACUUGUUCCUUCUUGUUCUCUGUUUUUAUUUUGAUGUAAUUAUGUACGAUAUUGUAAAUGAGCGUUUUUAUGUUCCUUUUGUAAUAUAUUUUUACCAAAUGUAUCUCAGUUAGUGCAAUAUUUUU